AUGGAUGUCCCGCGCAAGCCGCCUACGACCUGGGACGAGUACGAGGGCAUCCGUCGGGGCUCGUUCGGUUCCAGCACCGGCAGCCACGUCCAAUGGGAGGAUGCCCCCGAUCAGGAAAGAGGCUCCCCGUCGCGAGCGGACAGCAGCAGCGGACUGGCCAACCGUCUGCGCCAGAGAAGGUCCUCCAUGUCGAUGCGCUUCAGCUCCAUUCGUCACGCUGGCGGCGUCAACAGCAUCGACAACUUUGCCCGCUCGUGGCAGCGCGCCGCCGGCUUCCACGAGGUCACGCCGGUGCGCGCAUACCGCGCCCCGGGUGCCGAUGACAUAGCCGAGAGGCAUGGCGAUAUCGAAUCUUCCCCGGGAGAGCACCGUUCGCUGCUCCGCGAGGCCUUUGAGAGCGAAGGGCGCCGUCCCUCUGACGAUGCGGCUACGGAGCUGGACGACGAAGGGGGCACCACCAUCACCCCGGUGCAGUCGCGCAUCGACGAGACGAGAAAUUCAUUCCGCGAGGAGAGCAUCUUUUCAAUUGAACCGGCCUUGUCGUCGCCGUUUGCUGCAAGCUAUGGAACCACCUACGGCAGUCUCCGGGACCGCGCAAACGAGUCGUCGAUGCGCCAUGCGGGCCGCCUGUUCACUGAGCAGCAACUUAAAGGCGCCCAGGCCGGCCCGGAGCAAGACAGGGAGCCAUUGUUGGUAAAGCAGGUUGAAGAAGACGGGCACAUUAUCAACGUCGUGGUGGGCCAGUCGACUCUUCCGCAGACCAUCUUCAACUCGGUCAACGUCCUGAUUGGCGUCGGCCUUCUCACCUUGCCCUUGGCCCUGAAAUACUCCGGCUGGGUCAUUGGCAUUCUCUUCUUCGUCUUUGCAGCCAUUACCACAUCCUACACGGCCAAGGUCCUCGCAAAAUGCUUGGACGUGGACAGCUCUUUAAUCACAUUUGCCGACCUUGCUUACGUCGCUUUUGGCUCUCGUGCCAGGAUUGCUGUCAGCAUUCUUUUCACCCUGGAGCUGCUGGCCUCGUGCGUGGCAUUGGUGGUCCUGUUUGCCGAUAGUCUCAACGCGCUUAUUCCCGGAUUCGGCCUUCUCGGUUGGAAAUUCGUCUGCGGCGCUAUUUUGAUACCCUUGGGAUUUCUUCCUUUGCGUUUACUUAGUUUCACGAGCAUCCUGGGUAUCCUCUCUUGUCUCGGCAUCGUUUGUAUGGUAUUUAUCGAUGGCGCGAUCAAGCCGCACCAGCCCGGGUCUCUCCAGGAGCCGGCCAAGACAUAUCUGUUCCCCGCGCACUGGGGCACUGUUCCACUCAGUUUUGGUCUCAUGAUGUCACCCUGGGGCGGCCACUCCGUUUUCCCCAACAUUUACCGAGAUAUGCGGCACCCGUACAAGUAUACCCGCGGCGUCAACAUUACCUACAGCUUCACUUUCCUUCUCGACAUCAGCAUGGCCGUUGUCGGCAUCCUCAUGUUCGGCGACGGCGUCCUCGACGAAGUCACCUCCAACAUCCUCCUCACGCCAGGAUACCCACACUCCCUGUCCUUCCUAAUCGUGAUCUGCAUAGCGAUUAUCCCACUCACGAAAGUGCCGCUCAACGCGCGCCCCAUCAUCAGCACAAUCGAGCUCUUCCUCGGGCUGGACGCGCGCAGCCUCGCGGGUACGCAAGCCCUCGUCGGCGCCAACGGCUUCAACCGCGGCCUGCUGAAGGUGGGGAUCCGCGUCGCGACGACCAUCGUCUUCGUGCUUAUGGCGGUGGCGCUGCCCAGCUUCGACCGCAUCAUGACGCUCAUGGGCGCUGUCGCGUGCUUCACGAUCUGCAUCAUCCUGCCGCUGGCGUUCAAUCUCAAGCUGUUUGGCAAGGAGCUGGGCCGCGGCGAAACGGCCAUGAAUUGGGUCUUGAUUGUGGUGAGCUCGGUUAUGGCGCUUGUGAGCACCGUGGCUGCUUGCUUGCCUAAGGAGCUGCUGGGGGCUUAG